AUGGCGCUCUCCAAUGCAUUCUACAACUCCAUCGUGAGGCGGAACAGUAUCUACGUCUCCACGAUCUUUGCUGGCGCGUUUGCUUUCGGCGUCGGCUUUGACAUCGGAAUCUCCAAGUUCUGGGACACAUGGAACCGAGGGAAGCAAUGGAAGGAUAUUCGUGACAGAUACAUCCAGAAGGAUGACGAAGAGUAA